UCCUCAUCUCCCUGCAGCGGUGCAGCCACGCCAGUUCAAUCUCCGCAGUCCUUGUUCAGUGCUUAUCGUCUCCGUGUCAGACCAAUGCUUACCAUCGAAUGCGCCCGGUCCGUCCUGCAGGAACUAAUCUUCGGAAUUCGCGUCCUACGCCAUGCGUGGGUCUGACAAUCGCCCUGUUCUCAGUAUUUUGAAUCCUUGCGUAUAACACCCCCGACAUGUCCAUCCUCGUGAAGCCUCCCAAACGCAAGCUAGACGAGCUCGAAGGUCCCGUCGAGCAGAACAGCAGGCGCCUGUCGCAUAGCCCGUUCACCUCCAAUGCCUCCCACGCAGUAGAUCCUACCUACGGCGAUGAUGCCCCACGUCCACGAGUCAACUCGGCUCCCCAGACGGAGCACUCGGAGACUUCGCAUUGGUUUUCCCUGCGCGAGUUGAACUCCAAUCGUCAGUCGCCCGCCUCCUUUGAAGGACCUUUCCAGGCCCAGAGGAAGUUCUCGCCAAAUGCGUCCAUUGUGUUGACUGGAAUCCGGGGCACGGGAAAGUCUAGUCUGGCGGUUAUUCUGGCGGCGACCUCGGGCAGAAGGCUGAUCGAUGCAGACCGGUACUUCCAGCAGGUGACCGGUCGUUCUCGCGCCUCCUACAAGAAGGAAUUCGAUCUUGUUGAAUAUCGUCAGCAGGAAGCCAGGGUGAUGGAGUCCAUGCUCACCGAAAACCAAGAGGGCUGUGUCAUUGCAUGCGGACCGGGCUCCAUGGAGCGCAGUGGGCAGACGUUGCUCAGGGAAUACGCAAAGACCCAUCCUGUCAUCUACAUCCUCCGCGACCCCGAGAGCAUCCAAUCGUAUCUGAAAGCGUGGAACACAGACAAAGUCCGCCGUUUUCUCGAACUAUCAGGGCCGAUUUACCGAGCCUGUUCCAACCUUGAAUUCUUCAAUGUCUCCGAGAAGGGUAUCGACCAGCCAGUUCCAAAGGACACCCAUGAUUCGCAAUGGGAAGCCGAGCUAGAUCAACGAGUCCAGGCCAUCACUCCUUUUCUCACUCUUAAGCAGUUGCAGCGUGAUUUCCUCUGUUUCAUCGCGUUCGCCACGGGCGAUGCGACGGACCUCAGCCGCCAUAACUCAUCUUUUCCGCUGUCGAUGCAACCAGUGGAGUCUCGCACAUACACUUAUGCUGUGAACGUACCCAUUUCCUCCAUGUUCGAGCGUGACCUGGACAUUGAGGAGCUAGAGUCGACCGCUGAUGCUUUUGAGUUGAAGCUGGACGUGGCGGAGCCACCUUCCUCCCACCUCGGCCUCGACUCGAGUUUUGCCGAUAAAACCAGUCAGGCCGUGGCAAACAUCCGACGACAUACUGUCGUGCCUCUGAUAUACCAUGUAGAGAGCACUGUAUCCCGUUACGGUCCGGGCGCAGAGCAAAAGGAUCCGUUGCGGCGCUCCGAUGCAGAGUAUCUCAAAAUGGUACAGCAUGGUCUACGGCUGGCUCCAGAGUUUGUGACAGUGGAUCUGUCUUACGAAGACAAUGUACUGUCGCAGAUCAUAGCCUCCAAAGGGUCGAGCAAGGCGAUCGGGCAUUUCGCCGCUACCCAGCCACCAGCGCGAGGGUGGGAUGAUGCACAGUACAUGGAGCUCUACGAGCGAGCGAAACGGUUAGGGUGUGACAUGGUUCGGCUGACCCAGCCGGCGGUGACGAUCGACGACAACUUUGCCGUGCAACGCUUCCGUGACUAUAUCAAGUCGCUUCCUGCUCCGCAGCUGCCAGUCAUUGCAUACAAUUCGGGUCUCUUGGGCCGAUUGUCGUGUUGCUUCAAUCCGAUCCUGACCCCUAUAACCCACCCGUCGCUGCUCUCCGAGAUGCAGUCGAAGGGAUUGCCGUGUAUCACCUUGCGCGAGGCGCAGGAAGCGCUCUACUCCUCUUUUACUCUGGAUCCUUUGCAGUUUUUCGUCUUUGGUGCCAACAUCACCUACAGCUUGUCCCCUGCAAUGCAUAACGCAGCGUAUGCGCGAUGCGGGAUGCCGCAUCAGUAUAAGCUACACCAAUCGUCCUCUCUGCGCGGCCUCAAUGAAUUGGUGGAAAACGCGAACUUUGGCGGAACCAGUGUCAGCUUGCCGUACAAAACCGAAGCCAUUCCCCUUCUGCACUCCAUGUCACCCCAUGCUCGAGCCAUCGGAGCUGUGAACACGCUGAUCCCGAUACGGAGGCUGGAAGACAAAGCGCUUGGCUCAGAUAAUUCUUCGUUGUACAUGGAGAAAAGCCGUGCGGGGCCGAUCAAGGCCUUGCAUGGAGACAACACGGAUUGGAUUGGGAUGGGGAAUUGUUUCCGAAGAGGACUGUCUCCCGCAAAUGCCAUCCGACCGUCAUCCACCGGGCUGGUCAUCGGCGCGGGUGGAAUGGCGCGUGCUGCCAUCUACUCCAUGAUCCAUUUGGGCGUGCAGAAUAUCUUCAUCUUCAACCGGACGGUGGCCAGCGCUGAAAAGCUCGCCUACCAUUACAAUCGACAGAACCUGCCUUCUGGCCGCGCCGGAUCAGCAGUGCGGCCUCGGGUGCACGUCAUACGGUCCCUGCAGGAAAGCUGGCCUGCCAGCUAUAAGCAACCGACCGUCAUUUGCUCAUGUAUUCCUACCCACAGCAUCGGGGGGCAGCCGGCCCCCAACUUUGAGAUGCCCGUCCAGUGGCUAGAGAGCCCGACCGGCGGCGUCGUUGUAGAGCUGGCCUACAAAACUCUCAACACGCCGUUGAUGAAGCAAAUACGAGCGCUAUCCCACCGUGGAUGGGUCGCCCUGGACGGGCUGGAUGUUCUCCCCGAGCAAGGCUUUGCUCAGUUUGAGUUAUUUACCGGUCGACGUGCGCCCCGGCGGCUCAUGCGGAUGGUAGUGCUGAAGGAAUACGAGGGCGAGGAGGGCCAAUACGAUGACCGGGUCAUCAAAAGCCGGAUUGAGAAUCUGGAAGGGCAGCCUACUUGAGGCCCUGUCUAGCAACAGUGUUGUAGCCCGUUUUCAGCAACGCGGCCCCUGGUCAGUGCCUCCGCGGGCCUUAGGUGGCAUGUGGAUUAAUAAUGCACUGUUUUCGGUGGGCUCCAGGCCUAUCGGACGAGUGCCAGGGCAUACCUACCGGCCAGAUGCAGAUGCUUGCAGUGCAUAGCCGGUACCAACACCAGCACUUACAUGGCAUAAUGUCUGACGAACAUGUAUAAUGGGCAUAGCCCCUUGAAUACGAUAAUCAACCACGUCUCAGUCGUCCG